GUUGCAGGAGCCCCUCUGAAGGUGUGUCCGCAGGGCUACUCGUGCUGCACCGUGGAGAUGGAGGAGAAACUGAGCCAGCAGAGCCACAGUGAGAUCAAAGCUCCAGUGUCUCAGCUCAGCACCAACCUGCAGUCCACCUUCAGACAGAGACACAGCCACUUCGACAAAUUUUUCCGUGAGCUGCUUAAAAACGCAGAGAGCUCGCUACACAACAUGUUCGUGCGCACCUAUGGGAUGAUGUACGUCCAAAACGCAGAACUCUUCAAGAAAUUCUUUGAAGACCUAACGCGGUACUACGUGAGCGGAAGUGCGGCCAUCAACCUGGAGUCCAUGCUAUCAGACUUCUGGGCCGAGCUUUUGGAGAGGAUGUUUCGAUUGGUUAAUGUUCAAUACGAGUUUAGUGACGCAUACAUGGAGUGCGUGAGCCGGCACACGGAUCAGCUGAUGCCGUUUGGAGAUGUGCCGCGGAAACUAAGGAUCCAACUGACCAGGGCUUUUGUUGCUGCUAGAACAUUCACCAAAGGACUGGCCCUCAUGCCUGAAGUGGUCAACAAAGUGUCCACAGUCAGUGCAUCUCCCAGCUGUGUGCGUGCUGCCAUGAAGAUGUUAUACUGCCCCUACUGUUCGGGGCAGGUAGCUCUGAAGCCAUGUCAAAAUUACUGUCUAAAUGUGAUGCGCGGCUGCUUGGCCAAUCAGGCUGAUCUUGACACAGAGUGGAACAACUUCUUAGACGCCAUGUUGAGUCUGGCCGAUCGUUUGGAAGGUCCCUUUAACUUUGAGUCUGUCAUGGAUCCCAUUGACGUUAAGAUCUCUGAGGCCAUCAUGAACAUGCAGGAGAACAGCAUGCAAGUCUCACAAAAGGUCUUCCAGGGUUGUGGGCAGCCCAAACCUAGCAUGACAUUCAGAACCAAACGUUCGAUCAAAGAGACUGCAUUCACUGGGCGAUUCAGACCCUAUAGUCCAGACGCCAGACCCACCACAGCAGCCGGCACCAGCUUAGACAGACUGACUAGUGACGUGAAGAAGAGGCUGAAACAUGCUAAAAAAUUCUGGUCGACGCUGCCUGAGACUGUGUGCGCAGGAGAGAGGAUUGCCCCCGGAGAUGAGUGCUGGAACGGCACCGCCAAAAGCAGGUAUGAGUCUGUCGUCAUUGGUAACGGCCUGGCCAAUCAGGUGUCGAACCCGGAUGUGGAUGUGGACAUCACAAAGCCGGACAUCGUGAUUCGGAGUCAGAUCGCAGUGCUAAAGGAGAUGACCAGCUGGCUCAAAGCAGCACACAGUGGCAAUGACAUCUCCUUUGAAACAGAUGAAGAGGCGAGUGGAGGAGAGGAGAGCGGUAGCGGCUGUGACCCCCCCUCCUGCACCACAGACCAGGACAUCUACUUCAGCACUCCCCCCGCCCCCCGCCUGGACCCUGUGGUCAAGUCCCCCUCUGGCUCUGCAGCCUCCAGGAGAGCCAGUCUGCUUAUGGCUCUCUGCGCUCUACUCUUGGCUCUGCUCAUCCCCCACUGGAGAUAAAGACUACAUACGCAAACCCAGGAACGAAAAAAAAAACAAAAACUGUCAGAGACUUUAAAGCCUGCUAUCAAAACUUUGCAUAGGGGGCGCUGGUCCUAAUUCACUUUUAAUUAUUGUUUGCUUCAAUGGACACAAGUGGAGCCAACGUUCCCCCCAUUUUUGUUCACGACGUCUUUGCUGGACCUGCCUACUUCGAAAACAGACUUUUUUUAUUGUCUUAUUUGGGCAGUUAUCUCUUGUGCCUUCUUCACUAAUUAUUACCAAACAAGCAAAGUUGCAAUUGCUAGUGGUCCUGAAAUGCCUUUUACUAUUUCUAACAUUUUAGCACUAGAUGGCAACACAAUUCAAAACCCGUCAUUGUUUUGCUUCUUUGAAUGUGCAGAGUUAUAUUUUCAACAAUGUAUAUACACAUGCAAGUUUUUAUUAAGCUUACAGGGACCAUCUUGUGUGAAAUAUAGCAAUUUUGCAUUACUGGUAUUGUGUUUAACCUAAGGAUUUAGCUUAGGUUGGCUUACAUACAUAUUCUAUAACACAAUAUUUUCAUUAUAAAAUAGCAGUCAAAAUCUGGCAUCUGCAGUACAGUAGUAAGUUAUACCUCGUGCUCAAUAUCAAUGCAAUCUAGUGAUAUAAGAGUCAGGUACUUAAAAAUAAGGCAAGAGACGGUUUAGUCCUGAUGAAUGGACAAAAGAUGAUGUUUGGCUCCCCCUUGUGCUGACUAUAUGCUAUGCACAGUCUUACAGGGGUGGCGUGUGUAUGUUUAAAUGUGGGAAAAAAUGUGGAACAAAAGACAGUGUGUGGAUAAAAAGAAAAAAAGAUUAUUUUAAUACAGGGUUUUAUAUUAUGGAGUUGUAAUUUUUAGCUGGUUUGAAGAUAUAUAUUAGGUACUACAGUGGUUUUUACUGCUAGUUUUAGGUGGUGGAAAGUCAGGCAUGGAGAAAUGGGGGCACUUUGUCUUAUUGUGCACAGUAUUGUGGGCUAAAUUGAUUUAUUUUUUGGUUUUAAUUUUAUUUCUCUGAUUUUCUAUAGCCCAGUUACCCCCAUCCGCUGUUACAUGUGUACCUCCAAAAUGGCCGACGUCAGUAUCAUUCAAAAACAUUUGAUCAUUAUUCUUGUUUUGUUGUUAUUUCUCAUAGUUUGUAAGUUUUGUCACCACCCAUGCGAAUGCAAUGCCUGGUUUCUUUUUUUUACCUGAAAUUUUCAAAUGAAUGAGUGUAAGAUAUGAGUGAUGUGUUGAUUUUACAAAGGCCCUGGUGGUUUAUUGUUGAGAAGCAGAUGAGCACAACACGAUAUUUUAUCUUUAUUUAAAAAUCUGGAUUUUUUUUAAAAAACAACAUUACUUUAUACUUGUUAUGCUGCCUAUAAUAGGGUUUCCAAAACACAUGUAAGUCAUUCACAUUAUCCAAGUAUUCUUUUAAUAUGGAAAGCAACACUAUUCAACUUGUUUCUAAGAAUUGCAACCUUUUUAGCAAAUAUAUAGUCUAAAAUGCAGGGUUAUCUCAUAAAAUGUAUCUUAUAAUGUUGAAAAAUCAAAAUUCUUGUCUACUAUCAACUAUCAGUAAUUUGUGCUGCUAAAGUUGCUUAGUGUUUCUCAAAUGUUCUUGCCAUGUAUUUAAUUCACAAAAAGGAUCAGAUCGGAAUAAUUCUUAAUAUGCAUUUUGUAACAGCAGUUCACGUACUUGUCACUUGUCCCUUGUAAAAUUUCAAUGCAAGAAAGAUAUAUUUUUUUGGCCUUAUUUGAAGGUGACACGUUGAUUAUACAUGGGUUUUUACCGAUCAUGCUGAAUUGAAACAGGAAUAUUGUACAAAACGUCUAUGCAACCUGUCAAAAUACUAACGCCUUAAUUUAAAUGAGCUGUGCCUUAAAACAGCUAGAUUUGGUAAUGAUUUUUUCCCGACUGAGUGUCAAUAACAUUUCAAAAGGGCUUGUGCAUGUGUUCAUUGAGUGGACAAAUGGUGUAGAUUGGUGUAGAAACCCUGUGUUUUGGGUGAAGAUGGGAUGUGUCUGAGCUAGCGGGGCACGGCUUAUGUAGCAUUUGUGAAUGGCAGGAGAUGGCCUGGUCCAAAAAUGCAGAAGAUUUGGUCCAACUUUGAGUCCUGGGACUUUAAAGUUGGGUUGGACAAAAAGCCAGUGCCUUGUUCAGGACCUGAGUGGACUCUUAUCAAUGACUGACUGAAAAAAGAAGAGAGUGUAAAUACAGAGCAGGCGUUUUAGAUGUCUCUAAAAGAGGCCGUAACCUUCACCAGAUUUUUACUGUCAGAGUAUCUCCUAAAUGUUACGGAAAAACAGAGAUAGAUGUUAAAUUGUAAGAGAAAAUGUAUAUUAAACAACAUUUCUUAGUCUUGUUGAAAUAAAGACUGCCAUAUUUAAACAAA